AUGGAGUCGGUAUUUUUCUUCAUGUUUACAGACUGGACAAAGCUGAUAUUUGCUAUAGAAGUUUGGAGAGCCCAAGGUGUAGAUCAUGUAUUCGUGUACUACCACUCAUCCAGUAACCACGUGUACGAUGUGCUCAUCCAUUAUCAAAAUGAGGGUUUUAUCACAAUUGUUCCGUGGUCCUUGCUUCCUCGAAGCACUUUCAUCGACCCAAACCUAUCGCUAUAUCGUCUUGCCCAUUCACUGGCUCACAACGAUUGUGUGCUACGACUCAACAGCGAGUUUGGAGCAGUUCUUGACAUUGACGAAGUCAUUGUUUCUAGGAAUGAGCCGCUUUUGUCAUUAGUAAAAAAACUAUUCUCAAAAGCUUCAGUAGGCGCUCUAUCGUUUGUGCACCGAAGUCUAAUUCUUAGUCCUCCUCUUGCUGGAGAAAACUUCACAUUUGAAACGAUGGAUUUUUCCGGCAUACAGAACGCCACUGAGUUCCACCUCCGAGGUCCACCUAAGGUUAAUUCUUCAAGCAUUAUCACUUCUCUGGCUAAUGCUGCCUGUUAA